UUUCCUAAUUUAAGUUCUUUUUUGGUCAUCAUUUUGUAAUAACUAAAAUCCGCAAUUACUUCAAGAGUAAAUUAACUGUGGUAAUUGAUAUAUUGCAAGGGUAAUUGAAACUAGUUGCAUGUCGGCUGGCAAUUGAAACGGAUAAGGUAAUCGCUUCAGUUGGAUGACUUUUACAAAUUCGUCCGGUUAAUGGGCUUAGAUUGCAACGAUAGUUUUAGGAAUUGAAGUCAAUUUUCAGCGGAACGCGCGUGUAAACAGUCCAAGUUUACAUUUUUUAAAUUCUUAUUUCUGCUUAAAUUAGAAAACUACUUAUAAAAAAACCAUAAUGGCUGCAAAAUCAGGAAUAUAAAUACUUUUAUGAGAAUUUAGUUCUCGCAUUUUCCUGUGUAGUUUUUAUGUAAAAGUUUGAGUUUCACUCGCUUGCCGAUGAUUUUACACUUUUUCAAAAUCAAAUUAAUUGAAAUAUAUAAGUAGAACCCUUUCAUUUAAUAUCCUAUCUGAUGUCUUACGUUUCGAUCUGUUAUUUACUCCCCUGUUUGUAAACAUGUCCUCCAACUGUGAAAUUUAAUUGCAUUUUACUAAUUACCAAAACAAUAAACCGUAAUGUACAAACACCGAAAUCCUGCUUUCUUCCAUUUUUUAGUGCGGAGCCCUCUAUCAAAAUGAAAAUUUUCAUUAAUAGUCUAAUUACAAAUAAAUUUUAACUUGCAGGAAUAUCUUUCGUUGCUUAAAGAUAUAGCACCCACCCUCCCAUUUCAAAAAAUCGAAAGCCUUGUUUCGGCAGCUUUUGCUUUAAAUAGCAAAGAAAGUUUAGCAAUGGGUUUACCCGAUUUUCCUGUUGAAAAUUUAAAAUUUGCCGUCAAAAUAUUGGAAAACAACCCCGGUGUAACAGUUCACGACGUAAUUUCUUAUUUAUAUCCAUAUUACCUUCUUCCAAAGUCGAGUAUUAAAUCUGUAGAGAUACUACUGGAGCAAUUUAAAAUAAUGUCAAAAAAUAAACAAACAAUUUCAUUAAGUAAUUUAAGCCAGAGUUUUAAGAACCUCCUUAAGAAUAAAGAAACCAAAACCUUUAUUGAAACACCAUAUCAACAACAAAUAUUAGAAAAAAUGUUGCAAAGCACAAAAGUGACUGAUUUGUGUGUGAUAGGACCCAAAGGCUGCGGCAAAAGCAUUUUAACUUCUCAACUUUCAAAUCUUGUGAACAAAGACACGGAAGAUAUAGUUUUAUAUCACGAUAUGACUUCCAGAGAUUUGAUACAACAAAGAACUACCCUUGAAAAUGGAGACACUGUAUGGAGAUUUUCUCCACUAAUAACAGCGGCUUUGGAGGGCAAAAUUGCCGUACUUGACGGUAUUCAUAGGAUACAUUCAAGCACACUUUCUGUAUUGCACAGACUUGUACACGAUAGAGAAUUACAACUUUAUGAUGGCAAACGUUUGAUUAGUUCUGAGAAAUAUGACAAAAUUAAAGAAAACUAUGGUCUUUCUGACGAACAACUUCAUGAAAGCGGUAUUUUAAAAAUUCAUUCCGGUUUCCAAAUUAUAGCUCUAGGGGAGCCCCCGACGACUCAAGGCGUAACCAACUGGUUAACUCCAGAAGUAAUCAGUUUGUUUUUGUUUCAAGAAGUCAGGCCUUUACUGAAACAAGAAGAAACCGAAAUAAUAUCAAAAGCAUUCGGGCCGAUAUGUAAUUCAAUGAAACAGUUGAUAGAAUUGGCGCAUAUAUUAAGGUCCAAUUCGGAUAAUACGUUGAAAUCGCUCUCAGGUCAUUUAUCAACACGACAACUUCUUCGAAUUGCCUCACGACUAAGCAAAUUUCCAAGCAAUGACACUUAUGAUAUCAUUCAAAACACUUUCAUGUCGAAAUUUCUACCACCCCUUGCUCGACAAGCCCUUGAGAAAACGUUACAAAGGCUACAAAUUUUUCCGUUAGAGCAAACCAGUAAAUCUGAAAUCAGUUGGAAAAUAGAAGAUGACAUAUUGACUAUCGGUAGUACAUCUUGUCCUAUUUACAAAACUGAUUCCAUUACAAGAAUUCCUAGUACUUUAUUUUACGAUAUUCCUCAACACUUAGCACUCAUGGAAAGGAUUUUACAAGAUUUUCUAUUAGGAUCCCAUCUACUGCUUGUUGGAAAUCAAGGAGUGGGGAAAAAUAAAGUAGUGGAUCGAUUUCUGGAGCUUAUGAACAGACCACGAGAAUAUAUUCAACUCCAUCGAGAUACAACUGUACAAACCCUUACAACUCAACCAACUAUUAAAGAUGGUGUUUUGGUUCAUGAAGACUCUCCCCUGGUAAAAGCAGUAAAAUUUGGUCACGUCCUGAUCGUUGACGAAGCCGACAAAGCUCCUACGCACGUGACCUGUAUCCUUAAAACACUGGUAGAAUCUGGUCAAAUGACACUGAGUGACGGUCGAAAAAUUAUCAAAAAAGAUGUAGAAGCAACGCACCCAAACCAAAUAAAAAUACAUCCUGAUUUUAGAAUGAUCGUAUUAGCAAAUAGACCAGGAUUUCCAUUUCUAGGAAAUGACUUUUUUGGAGCAUUAGGGGAUUUAUUUAGUUGUCAUGCUGUCGAUAAUCCUUCUGAAGAAUCUGAAAUAUCGUUAUUAAAGCAAUAUGGUCCUAAUGUUCCUGAAAGUAUUAUUAAAACGCUUGUGGGCAUAUUUGGUGAAUUAAGAACUAUGGCCGAUCAAGGAUUAGUAGCUUAUCCUUAUUCUACCCGAGAAGUUGUCAAUAUUGUAAAACAUUUACAGAAAUUUCCUGACACGGAUCUAGAAGACACCCUACUUAACGUCCUGGAUUUUGACAAAUAUAGUCCUGAAGUAUUAGACACUGUAGCUGAUGUGUUAUCGAAAUAUGGUUUUCGCAAAAGUGUAAUUUUUAACGAGGAAUAUUAUGCAAAGAAAAGGGCUAAAGAAAAGCUUAAAAUGAGCAUCGAACGAAAAAGUGGAUUAGACACUAAUGGUCCAAAACAUGGUAAAGAAGAUCCUAAAAAUGAACCUCAUGUAGGGGGUAACACUUGGGCAGGUGGGACUGGAGGGAGAGAUACUGCAGGUUUAGGUGGUAAAGGAGGUCCUUACAGAUUAGACAAGGGGCAUCAAGUUCAUCAAUUAUCUGAUGAAGAAAAGGCAGCAGUUCCAGAACAUGUAAGGAAGGCUGCGCAAGAAAUGGGAAGAAAAGCGUUUCAAGAAAGAUUAAAAGAAAUAGGUAUGAGCGGUUACGACGCAAGUCUUUAUGCCCAAUUAUCCAAUGCUGUAGCAAAAGAAGUACAAUCUUUGAGAGUUAUUUUAAACACUCUCCAAUCGAAAAAUAAGGAACGCCAAUGGAGCAGACACCAAACAUCUGGAGAACUAGAUGACGUUAAACUUAUUGAUGGUCUGCUGGGUGAAAAAACCGUUUUCAGAAGAAGAAUUGACCAACAACCGGAACCAGGUACACCGCAAAUUAAAUCUAAGAGACUUCGAUUAGUAGUGGACGUAUCUGGAAGUAUGUACAGAUUCAACGGUUACGAUGGCCGUUUAGAAAGAGAAUUGGAAGCUGUAAUUUUACUGAUGGAGGCAAUGAAAGGAUUUGAAGAUAAAAUAGAGUAUGACAUAAUGGGUCAUUCAGGAGAAGAGGAUAACAUCGUAUUCGUCAAGAAGAAAGAGAUUCCAAAAAAUAAUAAGGAAAGGCUGGACGUUAUACAGACAAUGCACGCUCAUUCCCAGUUUUGCCUUUCUGGAGAUCACACUCUCCAAGCGACACAAUUGGCAGUUAAAUCAUUAGCUGAAGAAGAUUGCGAUGAAGCAAUCGUGGUAAUUUUGUCGGAUGCUAAUUUGCAACGUUAUGGUAUAAAACCGGCCGAUUUAGGGGCAGCCCUAACCGCUUAUCCUAAUGUCAAUGCCUAUGCAGUUUUUAUAGGGAGUUUAGGAGACCAAGCAGAAAGGUGAGCUAUUUAAA